UGACGACCGCCACCUCAUGGACUCACGCUUUUCAUCUGACAUUCAGUAACUACCAACUCUAAAGCAAGGUACAAUCCCCUCUCAUCAUCUCCCUCUCCCCUCUGUUUAUCAACAAAGCGCAUCAAAGCAUAGACAAGCAAAAGAUCAAGAGGAGGAGGAAUCAAAAUCAAACCAUCAUGAGCUAUCAGCAUGUCUCUCAUGAGUCAUAUCCACCCCCAGGCAAAUACCCACUUCAUGGAUUUCUCUCAUACUUCUUCUUCACUUCACUAUGCUUUCUCCCUCAUGGGAUAUUCUCCGCCUUACCCACCUGAGCCUCCGCCUCCAGGGGUUUAUCCACCAUCACCAUCUUAUGGGUAUCAGGGGUAUUUCAAUGAUGGAUAUCAGCCACCACUUCCUCCUCCUCCUCCUCCUCCUCCUCCUCAAUCCCAAGUGUAUUAUCACAGCCAUGAGUAUAAUGGAGACUCUUGCCUCUCUUUUCUGAGAGGAUGUAUGGCUGCCCUUUGCUGCUGCUGUGUAUUGGAGGAGUGCUGCUGCUUCUGAAACAGGCAGAACGUACCCCUAGUUUCCAAGCUCUGGAAUGAAAUCCCUGCUCCUAUGUUUUCAUAGUCUAUAUACUUGUUACUCGCUUAGCCGGGGAAAAAGUAUAUUGUUGUUUUUUAUGUUAUUGUAACCAUUAGUAAAGGACCUGUAGAUCUUGAAAAAAAACUGCAUGGUAAUGUUUAGAGACAUGGUUUAAAGCACAGUUAUGUGUAAAUAUGAUCUUUUAAUC